AGGCUUCACCAGUCCAAAGCUGCGAUUAUUUUUAUUUUCUGGAGCUUUAAUUGUGGGGAUGGUGGGGUUUCUGUUUUGUUGAUACAUUCGCCAUGAAUGAAUGUGAGAAAUGAUUUGAAAAAGAAAGAAAAGAUAAAGGAAUGGUUGGUGACGCGGUUCGGAGACCUCUGAAGCAGCAUUUUCGGGCUGUGGUCCGAAUUGUGUUCGCUGUUGCCAUCGGUUCAAUUUGCCUGUUUCCCACGCGACGAAAAUCCCUGGUCCGCUUUGCCAUUCCUUUGGGAAUGACCAUCGCCAUCUUGAUCAUUUUUCGCCAAUUUGGGAGAGGACCAACUGGAGGAAAUGAGCAGCAGCAAAUGCCGCAGCAGACUUUGGCACACCAAGCAUUCCAUGUCAAUGAUGGCGCUCAGGUGCUGCCUGUCAGUGAGAUUCCUGUCCACGAGUUUCGUCCUGAAGCUUACAAGGACUCUCAUGAGCUGGUGUUUCGGCUGAAUGAUGCCCCAACAGCAAGAUAUGAAGCAGAUGUAGGCAAGACCACAUCUGUUCGCAUCCUCAACAACUCUGUGUGGAGGAAUGCUUACAACCCAAAAAAGGACAAAGACAAGGGUUUCCAUUCGAACCCAAUUUACCACAACGUUGUCCUGGCAGUCUGGGAGGCAUGUUUGAAAAGAGGGCCUUUCUCGUCAUGUUUGAACCAAGUUGGAACCCCGCAUGUUCGCAAGGGAAAGAAUGAAACUGAUGAUACUAUUCAGCCGUAUUUCAAGAGACGACAAGAGUUCCCAGAAGAACUGUUUUACUUCAUGAACCCGGACAUGUUGUGGGACAUGUGGGACAUGCUGCAGUCCUUUUCUCCCGUACCCAUUGUCGCAAGAAUCCCAAGCACAGGUUUCCUGGCUGUGCUUGUUUCCCUGUGGCAUUGCAAAAUGGUGGACCUGGUUGGUUUCACACCAACCGUCAGAUUUCGAAGGGGCAAAGGAGGAAACCAUUACUUUGACUCCGUUGCAUCUGGUCAGUGGGGAUCUUUCAAUUCAUAUCAUCCGAAGACAACAGAGAUGUCACUCUUGUACAAGCUCAACUCCUUGCCAGAUGAUGACGUUUUCAUCAAGGGGGUCAUGAGGUUGCUGGGCUUUUCCUCUAUAGAUUGCACCAGUUCGAAAUUCGCAUGACGCGGAAAUUUUUUUUUCCCCAAUUUUUCGAGUAUUACAUUUUUCUCAGUGUCUAUUUCGUCAAAAGUCACUUUUCCCCCACAUAGAAUAUGAAUGAUGACUAUUAUAGUCACUGCUUUGCAUACACUGGUGGCUUGCUUAAUGACCACAAUUUGUUCCUGAUGUGCAGUGGUUGUUAGGUGAAACGGUUGUGAGGCA